AUGGACGGAUUUGAUGCUCAGGUAUAGAUUUUCAUCCUUCUUCACUCGAAUUGGCCUAAAAUUUCCCGUUUUGUCAAUGCAUUGAGUACGUUCUCUUGCCGCUUUUUCGAUUUCUCCGUCGAUUUCAUAAAAUAUAAUUGCAAUUUGAUUUUAUAUGAUCGUUGCUUCUUUCAUUUAUUUUGAAUUGAACUUGAUGAUGAUAUAAUGAUGAUAAUUCCGUACAUUCACAACUUUUGUGCAAUUCUCGUAAUUGGUCGACUUUAUUCAAUUUUCGAAAAUAAUUACGAUUGACAUUAAUGAGAAAUCGAUAUCUAAAUAAAUGAAAAAUACGAUUUGCCAUUUUCUAAUUUUGUUCAGCAAGCUACCCAAACGUCUUCACUCAAGAGGGAUCGCACCGAGGAUCUCGACUGUCAGUAUUCUUUAAUUGAUGUCAUAACAGAGUUUUUUCGUCGUUUGUUUGCCACGUUUUUUCUUCACCUACCUAAUUCCUCGCAUUAUAUUUUCGGUUCAUAAUUUUCUAUUAUCGAUUCAUUCAAUUAGCUGAUCAAUAUUUCAGAGACACGCUAUUCUUAUAGUUUCGUUUUGCAGACGGACUCCCUGCGAAACGGACCGCCGACGACUCCGACGUGACUCUCGGUAAUCCUUACAUGGACGACAAUGAGACGGUUUCCGAGAAAUAUCCCAUCCCGGAAUCAGCCGUGGGAAUUGUCAUUGGACGUGGAGGCUCGGAGAUUCAAGGAAUCCAGGCGAAGUCUGGCUGCCGCGUCCAGAUGUCGCAGGAGCCGGACGAGACGGGUGUGCGUCAAGUGAGUCUGGAAGGUGCUCGAUCCAAUGUGGAGGCCGCCAAGGUUCUCAUCAGCGAGGUCGUGGCGCGCUCCCAGAACCCUCGCCCUCAGCACGGAUUUCCUCGCAGCCAGAUGACCGUCGACAUUCCGAUUCCGCCGAAUCGCUGCGGUCUGAUUAUCGGAAAACAAGGAGAAACCAUCCGACAGCUGCAGGUUAGCUGAAACGUAGCUUUUGCUUAAUUCAAUAUAUAUUACUCAGGAGAAAAGCGGUUGCAAAAUGGUGCUUGUACAAGACAGCCAAGCGGUGGGUGACAUUUCUAAGCCGCUCAGAAUCACCGGCGACGCGCACAAAAUCGAGAUGGCUAAGCAACUGGUCGCCGAAGUUUUGAGCAGCGGUGGAGACGGCUCCGGUGGAGUUCACCCAGUUCAUCACGGUGGUGGCGGAGGAGCGACUGCUCGUGGAGAAGUUGUUGUUCCAAGAAGCUCAGUGGGCAUCAUCAUCGGAAAGCAAGGAGACACUAUCAAGCGCCUCGCGAUGGAAACCGGCACGAAAAUUCAAUUCAAGCCAGAUGAUGACCCGAGCACUCCGGAGAGAUGUGCUGUUAUCAUGGGCACACGUGACCAGAUCUAUCUGGCCACCGAACGGAUCACCGAGCUCGUCAGAAAGAGCGCUCAGCAGCAAGGAGGCGGUGGCGGCGGAGGCAUGUCUGCCAAUGAGGUAUUUCAUCAAACUUUACAGACAUAAUCGAAUUGAACGUUUUCAGAGCUUCUACAUGUCUGUUCCGGCUGCAAAGUGUGGUCUCGUCAUCGGAAAGGGCGGUGAAACCAUCAAGCAAAUCAAUUCGGAGAGCGGUGCUCACUGCGAGCUCUCUCGCGAUGCCAGCACCAGUAGCGAUGAAAAGGUGUUCAUCAUCAAGGGUGGAAAGCGAGAGAUUGAGCACGCAAAGCAUCUGAUCCGUAUCAAAGUCGGAGACAUUGCUCCGAACACUCCAUUCCGUGACGAUUCUCUGCUCAGCAUGCAGUCGCAGUUUACGGUUCAAGCUCAAGGUGGUUACGGAGGUCAACAGCAAUGGAAUGGAGCUGCUGGAGUGGCGGCGGCUGCUCAGAAUCCAUAUCAAGUUAGUGGUUGGCAGCAGAACAACGUCUACGCUCAGCAGCAGCAACAGCCAGCGGCCGUUGCGUCGUACGUUCCCGGAAUGGCCCAAUCUCAACCCCAACUCGCUUACCAACAAGCCCAAGUUCAACAAGCGCAGGCUGUUCCGGCAGCUUCUGCAGGCGGUGGAGCCACUGUUGAUCCACUUACUGGAGAGCAAGACUUCUCUGCUCAAUGGAUGGAGUACUACAAGUAAGAAAAUAUUUGAAAAAUAAUGUCCUUAAAUGCUUUUUCAGGUCUAUCGGAGCUCACGACAAGGCUGAAGCCGUCGAAGCUCAAAUGAAGAAGAAGAAGGCGGAAGCGGCUGCUCGAGCCGCUGGAUCCGUCGUCGGCGCUGGUCUCCUGCAGCAGGUGCCGAUAGGAAUCCAGCAAUUGGGAGGCCAAGCGGCGAUCUCUUCGCAGUCAUACACGAGCUACUCAACUGGCGGUGCCGUCGCCUACCAACCACAACAAUACGGACAAUACCAGUAA